AUGGAAAGUGCCCUGGUUUUUGAGGGCGAUUACAUAUGGAUCGAGCCGGUAUCAGGCCGCGAGUUCGACGUGGCGAUAGGUGCCCGGGUGCUCGCGGCCGAGGGGCGCCGCAUCAGGGUCCGGGACGACGACGGCCAAGAGCAAUGGCUGCCGCCCGAGCGACGGAUCAAGGCCAUGCACGCCACCUCCGUGCACGGCGUAGAGGACAUGAUCUCACUGGGCGACUUACACGAGGCCGGAAUCUUGAGGAACCUCCUUAUCAGAUACAAUGAGAAUCUCAUCUAUACCUACACGGGCUCAAUAUUAGUGGCAGUUAACCCAUACCAGAUACUGCCAAUCUACACUGCAGACCAAAUAAAGCUGUAUAAAGAAAGAAAAAUCGGUGAAUUGCCACCUCAUAUUUUCGCAAUCGGCGACAAUGCGUAUGCGCAUAUGCGUCGGUAUGGGCAAGACCAGUGCAUCGUCAUUAGUGGUGAAUCAGGCGCCGGCAAAACAGAGUCCACCAAACUAAUUCUUCAGUAUCUCGCUGCUAUUAGCGGGAAGCAUUCCUGGAUAGAACAACAGAUUCUAGAAGCUAAUCCGAUCUUAGAAGCGUUUGGAAAUGCUAAGACAGUGAGAAACGACAACUCGUCACGGUUUGGAAAAUAUAUCGACAUACAUUUCAACGCAAAUGGCGUCAUUGAAGGUGCUAAAAUAGAACAAUAUUUAUUGGAAAAAUCACGCAUCGUGUCUCAGGGUCCUGAAGAAAGAAACUACCAUGUAUUUUAUUGCUUGCUCGCCGGACUAUCCAAAGAGGAAAAGAAGAAACUCGAAUUAGGAGAUCCAUCAGAAUACAGAUAUUUAUCCGCGGGAGGCAACUUUUCUUGUGAGGGUAGGGACGAUGCUGCAGAAUUCGCUGAUAUCAGAUCAGCGAUGAAAGUUCUAUUAUUUACUGAAUCAGAAAUAUGGGAUAUUCUAAAAUUACUAGCUGCAGUUUUACACUGUGGAAACAUCAAAUACGAAGCCACCGUUGUAGAUAACUUAGACGCGACUGAAAUCGUAGAGCAAGCCAACGUUAGGAGAGUCGCUCAUUUGUUAGGAGUACCGACACAAACAAUGAUUGGAGCUUUGACAAGAAAAACUUUAUUUGCUCAUGGAGAGACUGUUGUGUCUACUCUCAGUAGAGAACAGUCCGUUGAUAUCCGAGAUGCUUUUGUCAAAGGCAUCUACGGUAGAUUGUUUGUGACUAUAGUAAAAAAAAUAAAUGCCGCUAUUUACAAACCAAAGUCGACAAUGCGCACAGCGAUAGGUGUUCUAGACAUCUUCGGUUUUGAAAAUUUCGACCAUAACAGUUUUGAGCAGUUCUGUAUAAACUUUGCAAAUGAAAACUUACAACAAUUUUUUGUUAGACACAUUUUCAAAUUAGAACAAGAAGAAUACAACCACGAAGGUAUCAACUGGCAACAUAUAGAGUUUGUUGAUAACCAAGAUGCGUUGGAUUUGAUUGCGCUGAAGCAGCUUAAUAUCAUGGCUUUAAUCGAUGAAGAAUCAAAGUUUCCUAAGGGCACUGACCAAACUAUGUUAGCAAAGUUGCACAAGACCCAUGGACUUCAUAGAAACUACCUCAAACCAAAAUCUGACAUCAACACCAGCUUCGGCUUAAAUCAUUUUGCUGGUAUUGUAUUCUACGAUACUAGAGGUUUUCUUGAGAAAAAUCGUGACACGUUUAGUGCUGAUUUGUUACAGUUAAUACAUAUUUCUACAAACAAGUUCCUACAACAAAUUUUCCAAGACGACAUCACUAUGGGGUCAGAAACACGAAAACGAACGCCUACGCUAUCAACGCAGUUCAAAAAGUCGUUGGACUUAUUGAUGAGAACUUUAGGGACUUGUCAACCAUUCUUUAUACGAUGUAUCAAGCCAAAUGAGUUCAAAAAACCUAUGAUGUUUGAUAGAGGGCUGUGUUGUCGACAGCUAAGAUAUUCCGGCAUGAUGGAGACUAUUCGUAUCAGAAGAGCUGGCUACCCCAUACGCCAUAGUUUCAAAGAAUUUGUAGAAAGGUAUAGAUUUUUGAUAUCUGGUGUUCCGCCAGCACAUAAGACCGAUUGUAGAGCCGCAACAGCCAAAAUUUGUGCUACCGUUUUAGGUAAAUCAGAUUACCAGUUGGGUCAUACCAAAGUGUUUCUCAAGGAUGCGCACGAUUUGUUCCUUGAGCAAGAAAGAGAUAGAGUACUCACUAGAAAGAUAUUGAUACUCCAAAGAUCUAUUAGAGGUUGGGUUUACCGCAGAAGAUUCUUGAAGAUGAGAGCCGCCGCUGUCCUCAUUCAGCGUCACUGGCGUGGAAAAUUGCAGAGGAUUCGUUACAAUAAAAUGAAAGUGGGAUACGCACGUCUGCAAGCUCUCAUUCGAGCAAGAGUUUUGGCGCAUCGUUUCAGACAUUUGCGAGGUCAUAUAGUCUCAUUGCAAGCAGCAGCUCGCGGUUACCUCGUGCGCCGCUCGUACGGGCACAAGAUGUGGGCGAUCGUGAAGAUACAGAGCCACGUGCGGCGGCUGAUAGCGACUCGCCGCUACCGCCGCCUGCGCCAGGAGACGCUCGCGCACAACGAGGCGCUGCGCCUGCGCCGCCAGGAGGAGCAGCGGCUGCAGCACCAGGGCAACACGCGCGCCAAGGAGAUAGCCGAGCAGAACUAUCGGGAGCGCAUGUAUGAAUUAGAAAGGCGCGAAGCUGAGUUGGCUUUGGAAGAGAAGCGUCAGCUAGAAGCGAAGAGGACCCUGUUACAAGAAGCGGCUCGCAAGCAGGACGAGCCGGUAGAUGACAGCAAGCUGGUGGAAGCCAUGUUUGAUUUCCUGCCGGACUCCAGCAGUGAAGCUCCGGCACCUAAAGACACAUCUGUGUUCAGCGAUCUGCCACAGCAGAGAGCUGAUCAGCAAGAGAUGGUAACACCAAUGCAGACUACAUCGGAAGACGAAGAAGAUCUCUCCGAAUAUAAAUUCCAAAAGUUUGCCGCGACGUAUUUCCAAGGGAACGUCACUCAUCAAUACUCCAGGAAACCUUUGAAACAUCCCCUUUUACCUCUUCAUACACAAGGCGACCAAUUGGCUGCGCAAGCACUAUGGAUAACCAUUUUACGCUUUACUGGGGACCUGCCAGAACCAAGAUACCAUACAAUGGACAGAGAUAACACAUCUGUAAUGUCAAAAGUUACCGCUACGCUCGGAAGAAAUUUCAUUAGGUCCAAAGAGUUCCAAGAAGCUCAAAUGAUGGGAGUCGAUCCAGAUGCUUACUUGAACAAACAGAAACCUAGAUCAAUCCGGCACAAAUUAGUUUCGUUGACAUUGAAGAGGAAAAACAAACUCGGAGAAGACGUUAGACGCAAAUUACAGGAUGAAGAAUAUACAGCUGAUAGUUACCAAUCAUGGCUAGAAUCUCGCCCAACUUCAAAUUUAGAAAAACUACAUUUUAUAAUUGGCCACGGUAUUCUUCGUGCUGAAUUGAGGGACGAGAUAUAUUGCCAAAUAUGCAAACAAUUAACGAACAAUCCAUCAAAAUCGUCACAUGCCAGAGGGUGGAUUCUCUUAUCCUUAUGUGUAGGUUGUUUUGCUCCUAGUGAAAAGUUCGUGAACUAUUUGAGGGCAUUUAUUAGGGAGGGUCCUCCUGGAUAUGCUCCAUAUUGUGAGGAUAGACUAAAAAGAACUUUCAAUAAUGGUACCAGAAAUCAACCACCUUCUUGGUUAGAACUUCAAGCUACAAAAUCAAAGAAACCAAUAAUGUUACCAAUUACGUUUAUGGACGGGAAUACAAAAACUUUAUUAGCUGAUUCAGCAACUACUGCGAGAGAACUUUGCAAUCAGUUAUCUGAUAAAAUCGGUUUACGUGAUCAAUUUGGAUUCUCAUUGUAUAUUGCUUUGUUCGACAAAGUUAGCUCACUUGGGAGUGGAGGGGACCACGUAAUGGAUGCAAUAUCUCAAUGUGAACAAUAUGCAAAAGAACAAGGAGCCCAAGAAAGAAAUGCUCCAUGGAGAUUAUUCUUUAGGAAAGAAAUAUUUGCUCCAUGGCAUGACCCUACAGAGGAUCAAGUCGCAACCAAUCUUAUAUACCAACAGGUAGUAAGAGGAGUUAAGUUUGGUGAAUACAGAUGUGACAAAGAAGAGGAUUUGGCCAUGAUUGCAGCUCAGCAAUAUUAUAUUGAAUAUGCUCAAGACAUGAAUAAUGAAAGGCUAUACACCUUAUUACCGAAUUACAUACCAGAUUAUUGUUUGACAGGUGUAGAAAAAGCAGUAGACAGGUGGGGAGCAUUGGUUGUGCAAGCUUAUAAAAAAAGUUAUUACGUCAAGGAAAAAAUACCUGUAUACAGAGUAAAAGAGGACGUCGUUAGCUAUGCCAAAUUUAAAUGGCCGUUGUUGUUCUCUAGAUUUUACGAAGCCUAUAGAAAUUCAGGUCCUAAUUUACCGAAGAAUGACGUUAUUAUAGCGGUGAAUUGGACCGGUGUUUACGUUGUAGAUGACCAAGAGCAAGUGUUAUUAGAAUUGUCAUUCCCAGAAAUUACAACAGUGUCAAGCCAGAAAACAAACAAGGUAUUUACUCAAACAUUUAGUCUAUCCACAGUACGCGGGGAAGAAUUUACAUUCCAAAGUCCGAAUGCAGAAGAUAUUCGAGAUCUGGUAGUUUACUUUUUAGAAGGAUUAAAGAAACGGUCGAAGUUUGUUAUAGCUUUACAAGACUAUAAAGCUCCAGGUGAAGGGUCAAGUUUCCUAACUUUCCAAAAAGGAGAUCUUAUUAUUUUAGAAGAAGAUAACACAGGAGAAUCAGUUUUAAAUAAUGGUUGGUGUAUUGGGCGUUGUGAACGUACCAUGGAGAGAGGCGAUUUUCCCGCUGAAACAGUUUAUGUUUUACCCGCUUUAACAAAACCUCCACCGGAUAUUUUGACAUUAUUCUGUCAAGAGGGGGCACAACAUGGUCGAAGAAUACCUACUGGAACAAUAAAUGGCACCGAUACGAGAGACAAGCCUCAUACUUUAUUAGAGUACGCCUUAGAUCAUUUUAGAUUACCACCAAAACGAACAGUAUCAAAGACGCUCACAUUAUCUACAGCCAAAAGAGGUGGUGCUGAUGAAUUGUGGAGACAUGCUAGGGACCCGAUCAAGCUUCCUCUUCUUAAAAAAUUACAAGCCAAGGAGGAGUUAGCAGAAGAAGCAUGUUUUGCAUUUACUGCCAUAUUAAAAUACAUGGGUGAUUUGCCAUCCAAACGACCACGUAUUGGUAAUGAGUAUACAGAUCAUAUUUUUGACGGCCCAUUGAAACACGAAAUACUCCGAGAUGAAAUUUACUGCCAAAUAAUGAAGCAACUCACUGAUAAUAGAAAUAGAAUGUCUGAAGAAAGAGGUUGGGAACUGAUGUGGUUAGCGACUGGUUUGUUUGCAUGUAGUCAAGGAUUGCUCAGAGAAUUGACAUUGUUUCUUCGAACUAGACGCUAUCCGAUCGCCCAAGAUUCACUCCAAAGACUUCAGAAAACUCUGAGAAAUGGCCAAAGGAAAUAUCCACCACAUCAAGUAGAAGUGGAAGCAAUUCAACAUAAGACUACACAAAUAUUCCACAAAGUGUACUUCCCCGAUGACACCGAUGAAGCUUUCGAAGUGGAUUCAUCUACGAGAGCCAAAGACUUUUGUCAAAAUAUCGCACAGAGACUGAAUCUCAGAUCUAGUGAAGGUUUUAGUUUGUUUGUUAAGAUAGCUGAUAAGGUUAUUUCAGUGCCCGAGGGAGAUUUCUUUUUCGAUUUCGUGAGACAUCUGACGGACUGGAUUAAAAAGGCGCGACCGACUCGCGAUGGGAUCACACCGCAGUUCACUUAUCAGGUGUUUUUUAUGAAGAAACUGUGGACUAAUACGGUGCCAGGCAAGGACCGUGCUGCAGACGUCAUAUUCCAUUUUCACCAAGAGCUGCCGAAACUAUUGCGCGGCUACCACCGCUGCGGACGAGAAGAGGCCGCGCGACUGGCAGCCCUGGCAUACCGCGCCCGCUUUGGAGAUAACAAGCAAGAACUACAAGCCAUACCACAAAUGCUUCGGGAAUUGAUACCAGCUGAUUUAGUAAAGCUGCAGAGCUCAGCGGACUGGAAACGAGCUAUAGUGGCAUCCUACAACACGGACGCAGGCAUGACGCCAGAAGACGCCAAGAUCACAUUCCUAAAGGUCAUAUACCGGUGGCCCACCUUCGGUUCGGCCUUCUUCGAGGUCAAGCAGACCACAGAGCCAAAUUACCCUGAACUUCUGCUCAUAGCUAUCAACAAACACGGUGUCAGUUUGAUCCACCCACAAACAAAGGACAUAUUAGUGACGCAUCCGUUCACCAGAAUAUCAAACUGGUCUUCUGGCAACACGUACUUCCACAUGACCAUCGGGAACCUAGUCAGGGGCUCGAAGCUCCUCUGUGAGACUUCCCUGGGCUAUAAAAUGGAUGAUCUACUCACCUCCUACAUCUCGCUUAUGCUUACCAACAUGAACAAGCAGCGGUCCGUACGCGUCAAAUGAGAUAUACCUUUGCGUUUAAAAAUUCUAUUGUCAGGACGCUUCAUUAUUUAUUAAAUUGAAGAUUAAUUUUGACGAUGCAGGGUUUCGAAGUGUUUGUUUGUUUAAAAUAAGGAUGU